AUGGUUGCAGUCGCAUUGGACGAUAAGAAUGCUAUUGUUGGAGACUACAGGAUGAGAGAUGGAGAUGGUAGCGAUGGUAAUGGAGGUGAAGAUGGUAGCAAUGAUGAUAAAGAUGGAGAUAGUAGCGUGGAUGAUAGAAAUGAAGAUGGUUGCGAUGAUGAUAAAGAUCAAGAUGGAAACGAUGAUCAUAGAGAUGACGAAGAUAAAAAUGAAGAUGGUGAUAAAGAUGACGAUGGCAGCGAUGAUAAUAGAGAUGACGAUGGCAGCGAUGAUGAUAGAGACGAAGAUGAUAGCGAUUAUAAUAGAGAAGAAGAUGGUAGCGAUGAUAAUAGAGACGAAGAUGAUAGCGAUGAUGAUAGAGAUGACGAUGGCAGCGAUGAUAAUAGAGUAAGAUGA